UUGGGGAGACUGCCCUGUGUGUGCCUCCGUGGACUCUGCCUCCAACUGCUCUCUGUCCUCUGCGAAGUCUUGGCCCAGGGCCAAGUACACAGGGCAGCAGGCUCAGCUCCUCCUGUUUUCCUGCCUCCCCACUUCUCCUCCCCCUGGCCUGAGACUGCACAAAAAGCUGAUUACAAGGAAAUCCCUGGUCUGCUACUGGGAAGAAAUGGCUGCAAGUAUCAGAGGACUCAGCAGGGCCUUAGCAGCCUCCCCCUGCCCAGCUUGGAGGAGCACUCAUUCGGAAGCCAGGAGCCACCUGAAACCAGAGUACGACGCGGUGGUGAUAGGAGCAGGACACAACGGGCUGGUGGCUGCAGCCUACCUUCAGAAACUGGGGGUGAACACAGCAGUCUUCGAGAGACGCCACAUAGUAGGGGGUGCUGCUGUCACUGAGGAGAUCAUCUCAGGGUUUAAGUUCUCCCGAGCGUCCUACCUCCUUAGCCUGCUGAGGCCACAGAUUUACACUGACCUAGAGCUGAAGAAACAUGGGCUGCGGCUUCAUCUUCGAAACCCCUACUCCUUCACCCCCAUGCUGGAAGAAGGCCCAGCAAGCAAGGUGCCCAGGUCCCUUCUGCUGGGUACAAACAUGGCAGAAAACCAGAAGCAGAUCGCCCAGUUCUCACAGAAGGAUGCCCAGGCCUUUCCCAAAUACGAGGAGUUCAUGAAUCGCUUGGCACUAGCCAUUGACCCUCUGCUGGAUGCUCCCCCUGUGGACACGGCGGCCUUUCAGCAGGGAUCCUUGGUGCAGAGGCUCAAGUCGCUCUCCACCCUCAAGCCCCUGUUGCAGGCAGGCCGCAUCCUAGGGGGCCAGCUGCCCCAGUAUUACCAGGUCCUCACGGCUCCAAUCACCAGGGUGCUGGAUCAGUGGUUCGAGUCUGAACCUCUAAAAGCCACGCUGGCCACAGACGCAGUGAUUGGAGCCAUGACCAGCCCCCACACUCCGGGCAGCGGGUAUGUGCUGCUACAUCAUGUGAUGGGGGGCCUGGAGGGGGUGCACGGGGCCUGGGGCUACGUCGAAGGUGGCAUGGGUGCCCUCUCCAAUGCCAUCGCCAGCUCAGCCACUGCGCACGGAGCAAGUAUCUUCACUGAAAAGACUGUGGCCAAGGUACAGGUGGGCAGUGGAGGGCGUGUCCAAGGAGUGGUGCUACAGGAUGGCACGGAGGUGAGGAGCAAAGUGGUGCUGUCCAAUGCGUCGCCACAGAUCACCUUCCUGAAGCUGGCCCCACAGGAGUGGCUUCCUGAGGAGUUCGUGGGGAGAAUCUCCCAACUGGAUACCUCGUCACCUGUAACCAAGAUCAAUGUGGCUGUUGACCGGCUGCCCAGCUUCCUGGCAGCCCCCAAUGCUCCCAGCGGCCAGCCGCUGCCCCAUCACCAGUGCUCCAUCCACCUGAACUGCGAGGACACCCUCCUUCUCCACGAGGCCUUUGAGGAUGCCAUGGACGGCCUGCCCUCCCGCAGACCUAUGAUUGAGCUCUGCAUCCCUUCCGCGCUGGACCCCACCCUGGCUCCCCCCGGCUGCCACGUCAUCUCUCUCUUCACUCAGUACACUCCCUACUUGCUGGCUGGAGGAAAGAUCUGGGACGAGCAGGAGAGAAAUGCUUAUGCAGACAAAGUGUUCGACUGCAUCGAGGCCUACGCCCCUGGCUUCAAGGGCUCUGUGGUGGGCAGAGACGUCCUCACACCACCUGAUCUGGAGAGAAUCUUUGGGCUCCCGGGUGGGAACAUAUUCCAUGGAGCCAUGUCCCUGAGCCAGCUCUACUUCGCCCGCCCCGUACCCCUGCACUCCAGCUACCGCUGCCCGCUCCAGGGCCUGUAUCUCUGCGGAAGCGGGGCCCAUCCUGGAGGAGGUGUCAUGGGAGCGGCUGGACGCAAUGCAGCCCACGUGGCCUUCGGGGACCUCAAGGGCAUGUGACUCUGAACCAGCUGCCCCAGGAAGAAGACCCCACCCUUAGCUUUGAAGUCUCCCCUGGACAGCUUCUCUGGAUGUGGCAAAGCGGCCAACGUGUCUUCGCCACUCAAGCUUCAUUUUACACUAAAUACAAGUGACAUUUAUACUCAUCAAACUUGCACCCACGAUUUCAUGAACUGGUUUGUUUAAUUAAAAGCAAUGUAUA